CUAUUUUGCUUUAUACAAUAUGUGUAUAUAGUAAGCAAAGAACAAUAAGUUAUGGUUUCCUAGGAGACUUAUUAUAUUGUUAUACAAUAACUUGUAUACCAUUUAAAAAAAGGACGUGAUAGUGCAUGAUAAUUUAUUAAAAUUGCGUUAUUAAUAUUUACAAAGGCGUUUAAUUUAAAUAUAAUGAGAAUUUUUCUUAUACAUAUGUAUAUAUAAGUGCAUGUAUACAGUAAGCAGUAUUUGAUACAUCCAAUAAUCAAUAUGAGUUGUGAGAAUAAGUCUUUAGUUUAGUAUAUAUUUUUAUUUUGUGAUGGAAGAUAGCGGAAUUGAUAGUGAUCCAAAAACUACUAGUCAUGUAGAAGAUGAGAGACUUUUUUUGGGUAGUGAUAGCAGCUCUAGCAGCAAUCAGACACAAACAUUACAACAUAAUUCUACUACUAAGCAGCUACAAAGGAAGCUAGAGGCAAGAAUUGAACAAGCAAAGCGUAUUCAACGUAACUCAGAUUAUGUAAAGUUGCCAAAGUAUGAUAAGGGAUGUGGAGGUGGUAGUAGCACAACUGGUUUAAUAUCCAUUCAAAGACUUCCUAUACCAAAUAAAAAUAAGGAACAUCUUCCUCUUGUUGAGUAUUGGCAUUGUGACAGUGAAAGUGAAGGUGAAAUGACUCUCUUUCCAAUAAAUAAAUCAAAAGAUUCUUCAAAGCAUAAACAAGAUCUUACUGACACAUUUAGCAUUGAAGAGCUAAGUGAAGAGAGUGAGGAUUCUUUGAAUUUAGGACCUGCCCGAUCAUCUCCAGAACUGAAGUUUAUGAAAUCUUAUAGGUGUACUGGUGACUGUUGUCGCUGUCAGUGCCACAUAUUGUAAUUUAUUGUUAUGUAUAUAUAUUUUAAAUAUGUUACAGAUUACGUUUUACAGAUUAAAUAUUAGUUUGAAAUUUUGAAAUUUUAUGUAAUUUAUGUAAUUUUAUAUAUAACAGAUGAUGCAUGCCAAAUAUACUAAACAUUUACAAAGUGUAA